UGGCCGCGUGCGGCAGACAAAAGCGCAUGAAAAAUUCAUAAACAAUUUGAUUUUGUUUUUUUUUUUUUGCCAACACUAGCAAAAUCGAGAGAACGAUAUCCGACAACCGACAACGGCAACAAAAAGAACAACAACCACAGAUAAAAUAUCAACCGAAUCCUAGAAGCCUUUUAAGCGUCCAUCGUCGAGGUGUAACAAGACAGUUCAACAUGCAAAUUUCCAGGGCAAACUCAAAACAGCCACCAAGUGGAGCAGCACAACAAUAAAAAUUGCCUAUAAAUGGGCGGAAGAGCAAAAGGAAGAGCAGCGAAUGGUGCUGGUUCUGCUUUUGGUUCUGGGUCUCGGUCUGGUGUCGUGGUGUGGGCAGGGGUAGGGGCAGCGGCCGGAGAUUACGGCAUCGCUGCUGUUGCUGCUGCUGCUGCUGUUGGUGAUGGUGAUGAUGAUGGUAAAAGAGGAGGCCAAAGCAUGAAUAUACGCACAAGGACAACGAUAGCAACAGCAACAACAACAAGAACAACAACAAGAACAACAACAAGAACAACAACAAGGCAUUGCCAUAGCAACAGCAACAACAAAGCUUCACUUCCGCAUAGGAUGCGCCGGAACGGAAGUUAUUUUGGUCGUCGAACAUUAAAUGUGCGCCACGUCUAUCUCAUCUACUUGUCUUGCUAUGUGCUUCUGAUAAUGGCAGCAGCUGGUGGCUCUAGCGCCAGCUCAAAUACCAAUUCCAUCUCCAUAUCCAGCUCCAUAUCCAGCUCCAGCUCCAACUCCAACUCCAAUGUAGUAAAUGGCCUCAAAUGCUAUUGCAAUCCCAAGGAAUGCGAUGUAAUCCGCUCACUGGACUGCCCGGGCAAGGGCCUGAUGCUGUGGGAUCCGUGCAAAUGUUGUCGCAUCUGCGCCAAAACUUUGGGUGAAUCCUGCGGUGGUCUGGGAGGAUUUUCCGGUCAAUGUGAGCCUCCAUUGCAGUGUGUGACAAAGUUGCCCAUUAGCAGCGGAUUGGGCGUUUGCAUGGAUUUACAACACUUGACCGCACUCACCUAUAGCCAGAUAAAUAAUUGCACUGAGGGCGAAAGUAUCGUAUUGGAGCCGGGCUGUGAGAUAACCAACAAACGUUGUCAAUGUUGGCCCAUCAUGCGGACCUGCCUCACUCAGCUGAGUGAGACGGGCGGCACGGCAGCAGGAGUCGGUGGCAGUGGUGGUUCUUUGCAGGAUUCACGCUGGCAUUUCAAGAAUUUAGAGGACUGCCAAUUAAAUUUGCAAAAUCUUAUUAAACUCGAAUUGGAAUUCGAUGAAGACUACAAAAUCUCACCGAGCAAAUUUACAUAUAAAAAAUUACGCAGAAAGCGAAAAUCGCUGAGGAAACGUUUAAUCAUUUUGGACGAUUGAGAAGUCUUCUAUCCACCCAAUCCUCAUCCUGAAUUCGUCCCCCUUUAACUCUCUCUCUCUAUAUAUAUAUAUUAAAAGAACUAAGAAACUUUAAGAAAACUAAACAAAACUAAAAAAAAAAAAAAAAUCAAGUCUUGUACAGAUAGUAACGCUUAUACUUCUAUAUAAAAUAUGGCUCUAUAUUACGAAUAAAAUCAAAUGCAGACAAAGAAAAACAAAAAAAAACAACAACAACAGAUACAUUUACAUAUACAAUA